AUGUGGUCACUGUUUGCACUGAAAAUGUGUGGACGAACCCCUAUCCUUCAACACCUCCUUGAAGCGGAACGUGUUGUAGGCAGUACCAACACCCCCAGUGCAUCCGGGUCGAAAACUGGCCCCACUCUGCCCCACUCUGCCCCACUCAUAUGUGAUUCUCCAACCAUAGACUCAUCUUCCCAAAUUUCACACAUUGUGGGUAUUUUUUGGCAGGCACUUCCAAAGAUUGUCAAGAAGAAAGAGCGUAUGGUGCGGCUGAACCCUCGAGCCCACUUUCAGUCAUUAAGGUGGGGGCCACACACAGACAUGGUCUCUCCUACAAGGGGAACUCUAGUUCUAUGGCCAGACUACGCAUCAUGCUCUCACUUGUUAACAUCCUCUAUAUUCUCACCCGUUCAGUCCUCGUUCUCACUCGUCACAUCGCUGUACCUCUCCAUGCCUAGCACGGCUCACCACCUACACCGUGACGCGAUGCUUCACAAACUCUCUAACGUUGAGCGCACUGUAAAACGAUCGAGUCGUAAAAUUUGCCAUGCUGCUGAAGGGUAUUCAAUCAUGCUGGGUGGUUUUGGAAGGCAAUUCAGGCGAGCUUACCAGUCAAGCUUCUUGCUAGAGCUGAGACCAACUUCAAAUGCAUAUAAACCUCCGCGAACUGUCGCUAUCAUUUCUACGUUGGCAAACAAGAUCUAUCGUGUGCAAAAAUCGGUAGAUUUCCUUGGCGACACAUCUAUUAUCUUUUUUUUCCUUACUAAAAUUGCAUAG